AUGAAUGUCUGGUCUGGAGCCCUUGUGCUAGACAGCGAGUCCCAACUCCCAGGUCUACAGCUCAUCGACCGAUCUUCCAGUUGGCAAUCGGAUUUUUCAAGGGAUUGCACCCUCAGUUUCCGAUGUUUUGUAAAUCCCGCGUUAAUACCACUAUAUGCGAGAGUUGGCCCGAGCCUAGAAUUGCAUACGACUGACCUUCAAACGUCCCAAUGGCUGAAAGGAAAGCUUCUAGGCGGAGUCUGGCUAGAGGAGGAGGAUUUGGAUAAAUUUCAAGCUGUCCAGUGUCCUGUAGGUUUCCUUGUCAGUAUCGGUAGCAGUGCACACGCGAAAGCUUCAGCGUCGACCACGACGGAUCUACUGGUUCACGGCGCCUUAUCAAGCUCGGCAUCAUUCGGGCGACCUCCAACUCCGCCUGGAUCAUCCUCCCCAGCCUCUCGUGAACCAGCUCCCUCGAUCAUUCGACAGGAGCUGCGGAUCUAUGCCACGCCGCUGUCCGCCUCUCUCGUCUCCAAAGCACAAUGUCUUCCGUCUCCGGAUCAGACGGGGGUGUUGGCUGGAGACGGGCGAUCAGCUGAAUUUCUUCCUGACAUCCGAUCCCCAAGCCCUAAACGCAAGCGAGUUGCAACCCUUUUUGAAACGGUUGCGCAACACCACCGACAGGUACGACAGAAGGGUGGCCAGGCCGUGUCCCAAUUGAUGGCGCACUCGGUCUCCCAGUCUUCUCAACAACCACACACCCGUCGAGUUAAAGAGGAGUCUGAAGAAACCAAUGGUCUAGCGUUGGAUCGCAUCGCAUCGCAGCGGUCACGUUCCCUCUCGGUCGGGACGAAUCUGCUCGCUGGCAAGCCUUUGGAGCCUCGGGCGGAACAUCUUCGACCAAGCAGUAACCGGAGCCACGCGCGUGAAUUCCCUUCGCGGAGGAAUACGCCAAAUCCGUUUGUCGAGUCCAUCGCCAAAGAAAAGAGAGACUCGUCGCCGGCAUUGCUAUCUUUUGAAGGGAAACGGAAACCUUUGUCGAUUCCAAAGAAUGCCGAGGCCAUCAUUUUGGACAACAAGAAUACCAUCACACGCACUAUUCUAACAUGUAUGCGGUUAUACGGAUACAACCGGGCCUCAUCCCGCUUUGGGGCCUCGAGCAAAAACGCCCCGGAGACGAUUACUUCCCAUAGAGAAGACAGGGAUUCUCGGUUGACCACGGAUGGCAUUCCAUUGCCCACGUCCGCCCCUGGUACGGACGAAGAUGAAUUCAAGGCAAUGUACCAUGCGACCUACCGCGCCUCCACCUUUGCACUGCGAAAAUACCUGAAAGAACCACUCCCCGAUGGCGACCAGUCGAAGAUCUUGCCGUCGUUGUUGGACAAGGGGAAGGCGAUGAACUAUAUCGAUGAAUUCCUGCGACUGUUCUGCGAGGAAAACUAA